ACAGAGAAGUCCGGGUGAGACCACGAGAGAGACUUUGAGAUUUUGAUUCCGUGCUGAAGUCACAGCCUAGCCUACGGACAGCAGUUGACAAAGUCCCAAAACAAACGAACGAAACGCGCUGCAUAGGCCUUACUUGCUCAAAACUUUUUUUUUUUUUACAAGAAUGGAUAUUAAGUGAGUGUCAGCUGAAGCACCUGUAUUUAUUAAGAUGCCUGAUUUUUUACUUCGGAUCAGUGUGCGAUUUUUAACAAACUCGGCGUGUUUUGAAGGCGUUCACCACUGAACUCAAGCUAAUAGUUCGCUCGGGAAAAUGCCUCGUCCUGGAAGAAACACGUACAGCGAUCAGAAGCCGCCCUAUUCCUACAUUUCGCUCACCGCUAUGGCCAUUCAGAGCUGCCCGGAGAAGAUGCUCCCGCUCAGCGAGAUUUACAAGUUCAUCAUGGACAGGUUUCCUUAUUACAGGGAGAACACGCAGCGCUGGCAGAACUCACUUCGCCACAACCUUUCCUUCAACGACUGCUUCAUCAAGAUCCCGCGGAGACCGGACCAGCCGGGCAAAGGCAGUUUCUGGGCUCUCCACCCCAGCUGCGGAGACAUGUUUGAAAACGGCAGCUUCCUGAGGCGCCGCAAGAGAUUCAAAGUGAUGAUCGCCUCCGAGCACCUGCAGAAACCCUCAGACGCGGCGCAUUACCUCCAGCAACAAGCGAAACUCAGAAUGACCGCUUUAGGAUCGCAUCUACCUCAGAUGACCGGCUACAACUUGAGCAUGUCGCAACCCUCCACUUUCAAACACCCUUUUGCCAUCGAAAACAUCAUUGCCAGAGAUUACAAAAUGCCAGGAAGCCUUGCGUUCUCCACCAUGCAGUCCAUGUCAACGGGUUAUCAGAUACACAAUCAGCUGACCACGGCGUGGCCCCACAUGUACAGCGGUAACGUGAUAGAUGCUGAGUACGCUGCCUAUGGAGUACCGCUCAAAUCCCUGAGUCAUGGCGCGCAGAGUUUACCGGCGAUCCCCGUGCCAAUCAAACCGGCUCCCGCGUCGGUCGCGUCCAUCCCGGCGCUGCACGCGCACCUCCCGGCGUUCCUCUCCGGCUCUCCACAGUCCCUCAGCCCGGCGUCUCCCAGCCAGAGCAGCCCCGCCGCACCGAGCCCGACCUCGCUGCUCCAUUCAGUCGCCGUGCACUGUCAAGAGGUCACUUAAAACUUUAGGAAGGACUUCCAACUUUCCGUACACAUCCGCCCUGAUUCACUGGCACCGACAAUAAGGCAAGACAAAACUGACAAACCAUCUUAUCCGAAAUAGAUAAAAAAGUGACUAUUUCAAAACGCAGUGGAAUUAAAUAUAACUCAAUUUGACGUAUAUGUCAUAAAUUUAGGCUACCUCAUAUUAUCAAAGGUCAAGUAUCCUGUUCAAAAUGCACAACGGACUACGAAAGCGUUCAUUAAGCAGAAUCACAAAGACGACCGUUCUCCGUGUAGAUAAUCUUUUGUGUAAUUUGAUGUUUUGGGCUAUUUUUUAAACCACGAAGUUUCAUCGAAAGAAACAGAUAGAGACUGAGGAUCGCACGUAUAUAAGCACAGAUGCUGCAGGGGUUUCCGUGUGGCAGUGUAGAAAUAUAAAGAUGGAAAUACGACGCACUUUUGGUGUGACUUUACAAAUGUCGAAAGAGAUGUUGUUCUGUGAACAACGCUCAGCCUAAUUUAUCCGCUUCGUUGAAAAUAUAGUCAAAGCUGUUGUAUAUAUAUAUGUUUUCUGUAUGAUGUUGACAUGCUCUGAUGUACUAGCAUGCUGCUUUUCACGUAUACCUGAAAUAAAUUAUAACCAUUCUCAUCAAAGCACAUUAAAAUAUCCCGAGACUCUUGCCAUUUUAGUUUGCAGGCUAUAAAAUAGUUGCUCAAUAUUGUAUUAUUAAUGUUGCGGAAAUUUGUUUUAAUGCAUGGUAAAGCAAUAGCAACAACCACGUAAUAAUAAUAGAAAUAAUAAACAUAAUAAUUAACAAAAUGUCUUAAUAGCACAAUUAUGUGUUGUAAAUUGCUUUUGUAAAUUAAAAGGAACAGACAAACAAUACUGAGCUCAAAAUACACUUGUUGGGCCAAUGGUUAAGAGUGUAAGCAAGAACUUUGUUUGAACGUUUUGUAUUGCAGAAAUGUAGUAAAAUCUGAGGGGAAAUUAUGAAUUAAAAAAAAAGCAUGCCUACAUAAUUUAUUUAAAAUCACUGAAUCUGAAUCAAGAUUGAUUUAUAUGUAUAGUAAGUCACGUGGUAAAUGAACAAAGCUGCUUUUGCACAUUUCGCUUAAUCGGUGAAGUUGCAUCCUUUUCAGAAGUCAUAUGUGUGUUCCUACACUACAAUAGCUAAUAAUGUAAUAAAAAACAGAAUUUAGUAAAAAAAAAAAAAUUGCAUGAAUGUCGCUGCCAUUAAGAAAAGAUCAGUGGCAUUUAAGAAGU